AUGGCCGUCCCCAUCCCCACCACUUCUGGACCCACAUCAUCCCGUGUGAGUCCCCCUGUGCGCACAUCGGCACCAAGCAUGUCUGGAAGCAAGUUCUUCGCCACCACCAAGAAGGGUGAGAUCUACGAGAUCAAGGCCGACCUCAAUGGUGACGACCGCCUGAAGAUCAAGAAUGCCGUGAAGAAGGUCAUCGCCAACAUGACCAUCGGCAAGGAUGUGAGCUCCCUCUUCCCGGAUGUCAUCAAGAACAUGCAGACCGAUGACAUCGAGCUCAAGAAGCUCGUCUACCUGUACCUGAUGAACUAUGCCAAGUCCCAGCCGGAGAUCGCCAUCCUGGCCGUCAACACCUUUGUCAAGGACAGCGAGGACAUGUCCAACCCGCUGCUCCGUGCGCUGGCCAUUCGCACUAUGGGCUGCAUUCGGGUGGAUCGCAUUGUCGACUACCUGUCCAUUCCCCUGAACAAGACCCUGGCCGAUCCGGAUCCCUAUGUCCGCAAGACCGCCGUCCUGGCCGUGGCCAAGAUGUUCGACAUCAACCCCUCCCUGUGCGAGGCCCAUGGCUACAUCAGCACCCUGCGCAACAUCGUCACCACCGAUGCCAACCCCAUGGUCGUGGCCAAUGCCGUGGCCGCUCUGACCGAGAUGAAUGAGGACUCCAACGGCACGGUCUUCCAGCUGAACCAGGCCACCCUGAACAAGCUGCUCACUGUGCUCAAUGAUGCCAAUGAGUGGGGCCAGAUUGUCAUCCUGGACGCCCUCUCCAAGUACACCACCACCAACCCCCGCGAGGCGGAGAACAUCUGCGAGCGCGUUCUCCCCCGCGUGGCGCAUGCCAACGCGGCCGUCGUGCUGACCGCGGUCCGUGUGCUUCUGCGCUUCGCCGCCAUCAUGGACAAGCAUGGCAUGGAGCAGCAGCUGCGCGCGGUCUACUCGAAGCUGGGUCCGCCUCUGGCCUCCCUGCUGUCCAACGAGCCCGAGGUGCAGUAUGUGGCCCUCCGAUGCAUUCGCCUGAUCCUGCGUCGCCUCCCCAGCGCCAUGACCCAGGACAUUCGGGUGUUCUUCUGCAAGUACAACGACACCCCCUAUGUCAAGCGCGAGAAGCUGGACAUCAUUGUUCGUCUGGCAACCGAGAAGAACGUCGCGCAGGUCCUCUCGGAGCUCAAGGAGUAUGCUCUGGAGGCGGAUGUGGAGUUCACGCGCCAUGCUCUGGAGGCCGUCGGCCAUGUGGCCCUGCGCCUGGGCCCCACGGCCGCCGAGCGUGCGGUCUCCAUCCUGAUGGAGCUCAUCCGCACCCGGGUCAGCCAUGUUGUUCAGGAUGCCAUCGUCGUCAUCAAGGACAUCUUCCGCAAGUACCCCAACCGCUAUGAGCUGGUCAUCCCGACCCUGUGCGACAACCUUGAGUCGCUGGAUGAGCCCAUGGCCCGUGCCUCGAUCAUCUGGAUUAUCGGUGAGUACGGUGAGCGCAUCGAGAAUGUCACCGAGCUGCUGACCCAGUUCCUGGACACCUUCGCCGAGGAUGCGGUGGUUGUCCAGCUGCAGCUGCUGACGGCCGUGGUCAAGGUCUUCCUGAAGCUCCCCUCCGUGGCCAAGGACCUGGUCCAGCGCGUUCUGCAGCUGGCCACCACGGCUUCGGAGAACUCGGACCUUCGCGACCGCGGCUACAUCUACUGGCGCCUGCUGUCCAGCGACCCGUCGGCCGCCAAGAGCAUCGUCCUUUCGGAGCGUGCGCCCAUUUCGCUGGACAUCGAUGAUGAUCUGCACCAGGCCGGGCCGGCCCUGCUGGACGACCUGAUUGCCAACAUCGGCAACCUGGCCUCCGUGUACCAUGUGUCUUCCGCGUCGCUUGUUGACCCGGACAAGGUGGCUCCGGUGGUCUUCCUUCGCCAGGGCGAGGGCGACGAGUCGGUGUCCUUCGGUGAUGCCGGGCAGACCCCGGGCGAGGGGGUCUCCCCGGCGGUCGGUGUCAGCGCCGGGCCCUCGGCCACCGGCACCCCGGCCGCUGCCCCCAAGGAGACGCCCAUGCUGUUGGAUCUGCUCAGCCUCGAUGACCCGGUGCUCCCGGCGGCCGGCAGCUCCACCGGCGGGCCCGCCACCACCGCCUCGGGUCUGGAGGAUCUGCUUGGCCUGAGCAUUUCUUCCACUCCAGCCCCGACGGCCAGCAAGUCCCCUGCUUCCGGGGGCAUUGAUGACCUGCUGGGUCUGAUGUCUUCCAACCCGGCUCCGGCCCCGGCUGCUGUCACCAGCGGCGGCAGCCCCCCCCACAUGAUGAUGGGGUCCAUGAUGAUGGGCGGCUCGCCGGUCAUGGCCGCGGCCACGCCGGCCGGCCAGACUGUGGUCCUGCAAUCGCAGCUCGGCCUCGGCCUGGAGGUGGCGGUGGCCUUCGAGCGCCAGACCCCCCAGGAUGAUGGUGCCCGCCUGGGGCUGACCCUGACCAAUCGCUCCGGUGCGCCGAUCGACGGUGUGGCCAUCUCCCUGGGGAAGAACUCCUUCGGCAUGGCCAUCCACCCUGCGGACCGGGCUCUCAUCCCGGCGGCCCUGGCUCCCGGCCAGCAGGCGGCCCUGACCCUGCGUGUGGUUUUCGGCGAUGCCGAGUCCCGCCAGCGUGUUGAGCCGGCCGACCAGCUGACCAUCGGCAUCCGCUCCGGCCAGCGUACCUUCACCUCGACCGCCAUCUCCGUGCCCUUCGAGCGUAUCCUCGCCCCGACCGCGGUGGCGGACGCCGGCCCCGGCGCGGCCAUCCCCGCUGGCCAGUAUGCCUCCAUGUGGGCCCAGGUGGCCGCCGGCGAGCUGGCCCACACCGUCGGCCAGCUGCCGCACCUCGGCUCGGUGGCCCGUGUGGUCGAGCAUCUGAACGCCCACCGGUUCUUCGUCAGCAACACCCAGAAGAGUGGCAACCUGGACGUCAUCUCCGUGUCGGUCCGGAUUGGCGGUGUCCUGGUUGUCCUGUCAGAUAUCGCCCUCCACCCUUCGAUGACCGCGAUCAAGGCCCUCAUCCGCACUCCGGCUGGCGGCGUCGCGCCCCUGUUCGCCAGUGCUCUGGAGCGCGUCAUGCGGAGCAUCUAA